GAUUAUAUCUUUCUGAUUCAUAUUACGUUCUUGGUCCGCCAUCUGAUCGGGUUAAUCCCAUCAUUGGUGCUUUCAUUGAGAGUUACUGUGAGACAGAGUUGUGAGAUUAUGGCCGGACGAAGGACGAGACGUAACACCGCCACUUCCGCCCAGUCGACGGUGAGGAGUGACCACCCUGAACAAGGCAUGAUCGUUCUAUCAAUGGGCUGGAAACGGCGUUGAAUAAUGUGGCUAACAUGAUGGCCAACAUUAUGGAACGCUUAGAUCAGGCUCUCCCUAGCCCAUCUGGUACCCGGAAUGUCCCUACCGGGCAGCUCCGCCAGGUCCUGUAUACUGCCAGUUCUCCCAUCCUCCAGGAACUUCACGAUCCGGAGGAGGUCGAGAGGGAGAGACAGGCCAUCGCUAGGCGCCAGGCGGAGGAGAUGGCCCGAAAUAAUAGGGCGAAUGGGGAUCGAACCAGGGCUGUGAGUCAAGCCAUAGGCAACGGAAACGAAAACCCACGGGGGGCAGUUUUUGAGAGGAUAUCUCACCAGAGGGCUCACGUUAGUGAGAGGCUGGGGAAGAAUCCGGACAAGGCACCCCAGGGUUGGGUACGACCCCAGGCCAGCCAAGUGGCAUCCUCUAACCGCGAACCUCGGCAGCGAGCCGAGCGCGGUGGGAGCCAAGCGCCAAUGCGUUCAUUGGUGGUCUUGGACGACAAGGAAGUUCAGAGCCAAGCCAGGAUCCCAGCACCGCAGCGUCUGGGGCCGCAAGUACCGGAAGCUGGCGAGUUCCAGGAUUUGAGGCAACAGAUCCAGGAGAUGCAGAGAAAGAUAAACAGGGGGCGAGUGUUCACUGCCCGGACGAAUACUCUGCUCGCCCCGGAGAUCUUUGCGGAACCAUAUCCGCAAGGCGACGCGUUGAUGUGCCGAUGUUUCUUGCAGAAAGUUGAUAGCAAGGUCGCGGACUGGGUGAAUCACAUUCCCGCCGGAUCGAUCCGGACUUGGGAUGAAUUGGGAUUGCGGUUCCUAGAGUAUUUUGCAGGAAACUGCCGUCCCAAGAAGCAUUUCACUCACUUGGCUUCUGUGCGGCAGAAGCACGAGGAGUCCUUGAAGUAUUUCCUAGUCCGAUGGAGAAAAGAAUCCAGGGAGGUGGGGGAGGUGACCGCACAGCUCUUAAGGCCCGAAGAGAGAUGUCCCAUAGUAGAAGUUGCAGGCGACAUAGAGGAGGUUGAACUGGAGCCGGGCACGCCGGGAAGGUUGGUCAGAAUUGGAAAGGACCUGGGGGCUGAACUCAUGACGCGAGUGAUCUCUGUUCUUAGAAAGUUCAGGAAGGUCUUUGCAUGGAGUCCAGCUGAUAUGCCGGGGCUGGAUCACAAGAUUGCAGUUCAUCGCCUCAAUGUAUUGCGGGAUGCUAAACCGGUGAAGGAGAAGCGGAGGCAUUUGUCGCAGGAAAGGAGAGACUUCGUGAAGAAGGAGGGUGGAAAAUUCUUGGGGCACAUGGUAAGCUGGAGAGGGAUUGAGGCUAACCCGGAAAAGGUUAGGGUCAUCAUGGAGGUGGAACCACCGAAGACAGCAAAGGAAGUCCAGUGGUUGAGGGGGAGAUUGGCGGCUUUGAUUCGUUUCCUUUCAAAGCUGGCAGAGAAGGCACACCCGUUCUUUACUGUAAUCAAGAAGAGGGCGACCUUUGAGUGGACGCAAGAAUGUCAAGUAGCAUUCGAAGAGCUGAAGAGAUAUCUGGCAAGUCCCCCGGUUUUGUCCAAGCCGGAACCUGGGGAUGUCCUGACGUUAUACUUAGAAAUUGUAGACUGUGCCAUCAGUACUGUGAUUGUGAGAGAGGAAAAUGGGGCCCAGCAUCCGGUCUACUAUGUCAGUAUGACCUUGAGAGAUGCGGAGUUAAGGUAUUCCCGCCUAGAAAAGGCCAUGUUAGUGGUCUUCUGGACGGUGAAGAGAUCAACCCCGUACUUUCAAGCUCACCGGAUUGUGGUGCUCACCAAUGAGCCUUUGGCGUCACUUACUCGAAGCCCGGCGGCGUCUGCGCGAAUGACCAAGCGGGCGGUCUUCAUCAGUCAGUACAAUGUAGAGUUCAGGUCGCGUCCAUCAAUCAAAGGGCAAGCACUUGCCGAUGUUCAUUUGGAGUGCACGGCCAGGGAGAUGACGAGAGCUCGGGUUGAGACCCGGGUAGAAGAUGACUGGUGGAUGAUGAGCAUUGAUGGAUCUUCUGGGUCUCGAUCCUGUGGAGCAGGUAUUAUCUUGAUUACUCCGGAAAAUUUCCGGAUAUAUUACGCUAUCAGAUUUCAGUUCCGUGUGUCCAACAAUGAAGCUGAAUAUGAGGCCUUAAUCAAUGGACUAAAGAUUCCCGGCAAGCUGGGGGUGUCUAGGGUCCAAGUAUACAGCGACUCCCGCUUGGUUGUGGGACAAAUCAAUGGGGAGUUCGAAGCAAAGGAAGAAAGAAUGAAGAGAUAUCGAGACUUGUCCUUGGAAAUGUUGGGCAGAUUCGAGUAUAAGCUAGAGCACAUACCCCGGGCGCACAAUGCGGAAGCUGACGUUUUGUCCAAGCUUAGCGCUGAAUCACCAGAAUAUAUAAGCAAGUUAGCAACGGUGGAGGAGUUGGCAACCACGAGUCUCAACAGGGAUGAAGUGCUCUGGGUAUCAGCCGAUCCUCCGGAAUGGUUGGACAGGUUAGCUAGAUACAUUGAGGACGGGGUAGCCCCGGAAGAUCCUCAGGAAGCCCGGUUGUUGCGAAUGAGAGCACCUACCUACAAGGUGCAGGAUGGAGUCCUAUCGGACGGCGGGCUUUCAGCAGCGGCAAUUAAGAAAGAUCUCGACAUCACCGUCGUCUACGGCCGCUACCUGAAGGAGAUGAAGCUCUAGUCUACUAUUGUCGUUGGAAAACAUAGGGCUGACCGAAUUACCUCCAUUAGAGCUUACCAAUUUUGCUCCCCGUCACCGUACUCAGUCGCAACCUUCCCUGGAAGCAGACUUUUGAGCUUCGCCCAAAAUAGAGUCCAAAGCAGCACUUAAUGGUUCAGACUGUUUGUUUCAGCCUCUUAAUGGUUCAGAUGUCUGAAUGGUUAAGAGAUUUGCCUCUGAAUGGUUAAGUAUUAUACAGAGUCUGAAUGGUUAAGACCUC